ACUACAAGCUUGUGGGACAACUUUCUUUUGUUAACAUGCUUUUUAUGUGUGAGAGGAUCUAAACACAGUUUUAUUUAUAUGAAGAGAUAUGGUAAGUAAAAAUAAUGUUUUUUAAUUCUUUCAGAUAAGAGAUCUACCCAUCAUCAGAAAAUAUGUCACUACAGAUGGUGACAGUUGGUAAUAACAUAGCCUUAAUUCAACCAGGCUUCUCAUUAAUGAAUUUUGAUGGGCAAAUUUUCUUCUUUGGCCAAAAAGGCUGGCCCAAGAGGUCCUGCCCCACUGGAGUUUUCCAUUUUGAUGUAAAGCAUAAUCAUCUCAAACUGAAGCCUGCAGUUUUCUCUAAGGAUUCCUGCUACCUUCCUCCUCUUCGCUACCCAGCUACUUGCACAUUCAAAGGCAGCCUAGAGUCUGAAAAGCAUCAGUACAUCAUCCAUGGAGGGAAAACACCAAACAAUGAGCUUUCAGAUAAGAUUUAUGUCAUGUCUGUUGUUUGCAAGAAUAACAAAAAAGUUACUUUUCGCUGCAUAGAGAAAGACUUGGUAGGUGAUGUUCCUGAAGGCAGAUAUGGUCAUUCCAUUGAUGUGGUGUAUAGUAGAGGGAAAAGUAUUGGUGUUCUCUUUGGAGGACGUUCAUACAUACCUUCUGCCCAAAGAACCACAGAAAAAUGGAAUAGUGUAGCUGACUGCCUGCCCCAUGUUUUCUUGGUGGAUUUUGAAUUUGGGUGCUCUACAUCAUACAUUCUUCCAGAACUUCAGGAUGGGCUAUCUUUUCAUGUCUCCAUUGCCAGAAAUGAUACCAUUUAUAUUUUAGGAGGACAUUCACUUGCCAAUAACAUCCGCCCUGCCAAUCUAUACAGAAUAAGGGUUGAUCUCCCCCUGGGUAGUCCAGCUGUGAAUUGCACAGUCUUGCCAGGAGGAAUCUCUGUAUCCAGUGCAAUCCUGACGCAAACAAGCAAUGAUGAGUUUGUUAUUGUUGGUGGCUAUCAGCUUGAAAAUCAAAAAAGAAUGAUCUGCAACAUCAUCUCUUUUGAGGACAACAAGAUAGAAAUCCGUGAGAUGGAAACCCCAGAUUGGACUCCAGAUAUUAAACACAGCAAGAUAUGGUUUGGAAGCAACAUGGGAAAUGGAACUAUUUUCCUUGGCAUACCGGGAGACAACAAACAGGCUGUUUCAGAAGCAUUCUAUUUCUAUAUGUUGAAAUGUGCUGAAGACGAUGUGAAUGAAGAUCAGAAAACAUUCACAAAUAGUCAGAUGUCAACAGAAGACCCAGGGGACUCUACUCCCUUUGAAGACUCGGAAGAAUUUUGUUUCAGUGCGGAAGCAAAUAGUUUUGAUGGCGAUGAUGAAUUUGACACCUAUAAUGAAGAUGAUGAGGAAGAUGAGUCUGAGACAGGCUACUGGAUUACAUGCUGCCCUACAUGUGAUGUGGAUAUCAAUACUUGGGUACCAUUUUAUUCAACUGAGCUCAACAAACCUGCCAUGAUCUACUGCUCUCAUGGAGAUGGGCACUGGGUCCAUGCCCAGUGCAUGGAUCUGGCAGAACGCACACUCAUCCAUCUGUCAGAAGGAAGCAACAAGUAUUACUGCAAUGAGCAUGUGGAGAUAGCAAGAGCACUGCAAACCCCCAAAAGAGUCCCACCCUUAAAAAAGCCUCCACUGAAAUCCCUCCAUAAAAAAGGUUCCGGGAAAAUUCUUACUCCCACCAAGAAAUCCUUUCUUAGAAGGUUGUUUGAUUAGUUUCACAAAAGCCUUUCAGAUUCAAGUGCAUCAGAUUUUUAAAUCUAUUUUAAGGAAUCAUAACAAUGAUAAAAAUUAUAUUCCUAUUUUUGUUUACUGAAAAUGCUUAACGUUUUCUUUUAGUUAUACAAAUUAAAUACCAGGGAAAAGUGUUUGUAAUACAGAACUAAAUAUAGUCAUUGUAUUUAAGCCUAUAUAGAACCUGUAACCUGUAUUUUGAAAAUAUUUUACUCAAAUGUAUCUUGAGUGAGAAUUUAUGAUCUGAAUUUUUUAUUCAAGGACUCAAACACAGAAGCAGUAAUAAUAAUUAAGUUAUGCUUAUUAUCCCUUAUACAGCUUUUGGAUAACAAAUAACCUAGAGGGUCAUUAAGGCAAAUUUAACCAGUAAAGAAACUAACACCCAAAGAAAGUAAAUGAAUUUUUUGUGCAAUAUAAAAAUUUGGUGGUUGGCCAAAAAUUAAAACUGAGAUCAUCUGUAUUCCACAGGAAUGUUCUUUAUAAUUCUCUAAGAUGGUUACCUGACUAUGCCCAUGGUCAGAAAAAGCUGUAAGAAGAUAGGUAGGUAGGUA